AGAGCAGUAGAAAAUUAGAAAACAUGGGAAAUAAAUACUGAUGCACUGCGUCUCGUCUGCUGCAUAGCAUUGCACUGCGAGGGUGGCAUUACGUUGCUUUCUCUUAUCUCAUUCUUUGCGUCUACAUCAUAUCUUUCUGUGCCUGAGCCAAGCGCCGAUCACCUCUUUUCCCUGCCAUCAAUCCAUUCCAUUGCCUUCCAUCCUAAAACAAAACAAAAAUAAAUGGAGUCUUGUCCUUCUAUAAAAAAUAUCCUCCUCCUGGAUUCCGAGGGGAACCGUGUUGCUGUCAAAUAUUAUUCCGAUGAGUGGCCCAAUAACAGUGUUAAGGAAGCCUUUGAGAAGUCUUUAUUUACAAAGACUCAAAAGACCAAUGCUCGAACUGAAGCGGAGAUAGCAAUGUUCGAGAGUCAUAUCAUUGUGUACAAGUUUGUUCAAGACCUUCACUUUUUUGUUACUGGGGCUGAAAAUGAAAAUGAGCUCAUUCUGGUAACUGUUCUUCAAGGGUUUUUUGAUGCAGUUGGCCUUCUUCUAAGAGGGACUGUGGACAAGAAAGAGGCACUGGAGAACUUAGAUCUCAUUUUGUUAUGCCUUGAUGAGAUUGUCGACGGCGGCAUCAUCCUAGAAACCGAUGCGAAUGUCAUUGCGGGGAAGGUUGCUAGUCAUAGCAUAGAUGCGGCUGCUCCUUUAUCUGAGCAGACAAUAAGUCAAGCAUUGGCAACUGCUCGGGAACAUUUAGCAAGAUCUCUCCUCAAGUGAUGAUUACAAGGGGAAGGAGCAAAGCAAAGAGUUUCGAAUUGUUAUUAUUUCUAGCUUUUUAUUAUUCUUGUAUUUGUAUUUUGUACCAUGGCUGCUAAGCAUCGACUUAGUCCGAGUGGAUGAUGAUGCCAUGUGGUCUGACUAAUAUUAUUUAUUUUUAUAACCCCAAAGGGAUUGGUUGCAUUUACCCCAUUUUUCAUGUUUUAUAGUUGUAAUCCUGUUGAGUAAUUUAGAGUAUAUUUCCUUCA